CAGUAUUUUUGUCAAAUUUUUAAUAGUGGCGUCAACAACAACUGUCAAAAAUUAUAACCGAAUAUUAGAAUUAUUUAUUCACCAAAUUAAAAUAUUACUUUCUAAAAUAUGGCAUGGAUUCUUGUAUUAUUCUUUCAAUGAUUUUGAAAUGCAGAAAAGCUUGAGUUUGGAAAAGGUAAAUGGUACAGAAGUGGUUAUAUCAAAUGCAAGGAAACCAAAUUUAUUCCAUCAAUCUUACGGUAGCCUUCGAAAAAGAAAGGGAAGAGUCUGUAGUAACAUUUUUGAAGAGUACUGUAUAACAAUUAAACCUAAGCUGCACAGAAGUAAUUCCUUAUCGGAUUUGAAUACGAACAGUGAUUUCACAACAAAUUAUUUACUAAAUCGAAAAAUUAAUCCAGAUGAGAACAGAAGAGAUUUGAUUUACGGUAGUGCUGGAGACGCUACUCUGAAUUACCAUCGAAACUCAUUAGACAAACAAACUUACAUGCCUUGGAAUUCUAAAGGAAGAAAACAUAAGAAGAAAGGAAUGUCUCCGGAAACGUAUAAUUCAAAAUAUCCUUAUGAUUACAUGAACAAUAUACGGGACGUUGCCAACGAAAACAUUUCCUCCUGCGCCGAAAAUUCUAGUGUUUGCAGUACAGAUCAAGAGGGUUUCCAAAAGGCAGAGGCGUUUCCUUUCAAACAUACGCCAAGCGGUUAUCUUAAGGUCCAGUCGAAUCAAGUUGUAUUCCAAUCGUCAACAGUAGGAGUUCUACUCGCAGAUCCAACGCAAGCCAAAGUUAAAGUUAAAUUUGAAGGAAAAGCCGCCGGUGAACCAGAUGAUGACACGUCAGAAAAUUUUGAAAAUGAUAAUGAACCCGAACCCCUAUUACGAUUUGGUAAUAGAGAAAAUAUACAAGUAAGAAACGCAGAUGUUAAAACUAGAGUGAGAAAUAGCAAAUCGGUUAGUAGUAAGGAUGAAAAAGGAAAAGACUUGGCUAGCCUCGGCUACACUACAUCGGAACCAAUAGAUUGGAUGCGGGUUCAGUUACCAAAAAAACAAGACCUAUUCCAAGAGUUCUAUCGAAGAGUCCACAACUUCAUAAAUACCGACGCUGUGGUGCGUAUCGAUAAUAAUGAAUUGCGAUGUCAUCAAAUAGUUUUGCAAGUUUAUUCUUCGUUCUUCGAUGCUAAUGUCAAUAAAGAAAUCGAUUUACCAUCGUCCAAAGUAACACCGGAAGCUUUCCGUUCAAUCUACGAAUGGAUGGUUUAUAAUGGCUGCGAAAGUAAUAAGGUUCUUAAAAGGGAAAACAUAUUGGACAUUUUCUGUGCUGCACAAUAUCUGUCAAUUAAAGAUUUAGAAGACCAAUGCCGGGCGUUUAUAUUAAACGAGAAUUUAUUCUGUGAGGAUACAGCAUUCGCUUUGUUCAGGGAAGCAAAACUAAAAGGGAUGACGCCCGUUGUGGAUAUAAUGGUACCACGUGUAAUGCGAUUCUUCCUUCCGCUAGUCGCGUCUAAAGAUUUUUUGGAUCUCGAUCACGAGGAAGUCAUGAUCUUUCUCAAAUCAAACUACAUUUGCGUUACCAGCGAAAUGGAAGUCCUUAUGGCUGGAGUGCGUUGGUUACACGGCGAUUGGUCUUCGCGUCGUCAUUACGCUAUUGAAAUAAUGCGCUGUGUCCGUUUUGGUUUGAUCUCGCCGUGGCAGCUAGUUGACAUCAAGCGUAACCCUGACAAUUCGGAAAUCUUGGAGAUUGUCAACGAGCCUGAAGUACAGCAGAUGGUUGACGACGGACUUGCUUAUGUAAUCAUAAAGUAUUGGUACGGGAACAAUUCAAAGAACUAUUAUCACUGGAUCGACGUUCUCGGUCUCACAGAACCGGCCGAAAGGAAUUGGAUCGGUGAUGAAAAGAACCACGUGACGUACAAGGAUUUCCUAAAAUACCUCGAACAGUUCAUGGUCCCGAGAGACCAGAUGUAUCAACAGAUGGCGAUGAUGCAGCCACCUAGGAGGAGCGAAGAUUUACCGGGCAGUUUACGAGGCAUGGACAAUGACAAAAUGGAAAUGAGAAGGCCAAAAAUGGACUUUCCACUUCCAGCUACAUUGAAAGGGUUGGCUAAUGUCAAGGAUGAUUUUCCUACGAUGAGCGAAUUCUUCGAAAGUAGAAGAAAGAUGAAAGAAGGCAGCCAGUCUCCUUCGCCAGUACGAUCGCCACCUGUAGAUCUAGAAAUACCCGAAUUGACUGAUCGAAGGAAUGCACAAGCUGAAAAACGUCCAAGAGAAAUGAAGGCACCGGUUGGAAAUCAGCAACAAGUGCAAAUGUUUGAGCUUCCCGAGAAGGAAUCAGUUUUGAACAGCGAAUCGAGUAGUGUUACCACAGAAAGCAGUGCAACCACUAGAGAAAACUAUGGAAACGAAAAAAGACACAGUAUAGCUGCUUCGUACCUUGCCUCUGCUACUGCGGCUUUAGGAUACAAAAGAAAUUCACAAGCUCCAUCGGCUUCUCGGGGACGCACAAGUACAAACGUCACUCGCCAGGAAACGGCUCCGUCCACUGUUGCUCCAGCGGCUCCGAACAACGUGAACACCCCGCAGAUAUCACUCUUCAACCAAUCGAAAGAUUCGAUAGCCAGAAUUACUAUGAACAAAUUGUCAGCUUCAAUCCUCGGACCAGCAAACAAGAAAUACGUCGCAGAGGGAUCUCUCUUCGAUUGGGAUAGAGAAACAGUAUUGGUGUUUGGCGGGAUCGAUCCUCAUACGACAUACGGGGUUGGUAAGAACACAGGGAAAGAGAUAUACAGAUUCGAUCCUGUCUCGAACGUUUGGGACAACGUUGGAAACUUACCCGAACCGAGACAUCAUCACUCCAUUGCCUUUUUAAGAGGACGAGUCUAUCUUGUUGGAGGCGCAGACCCACGUGACGACGAUCUCCGCGGCAAGUCGGUGGUCGUCUCAACUGUAUGGAGCUUUGAGCCGGUCACCCGCGCGUGGUACAGCGAGAACGGACUCUCUACACCGAGAAAGAACUUUGGACUCAUCGUUCACAAGAUGGCGCUCUAUGCUAUAGGAGGGCAAGAUAAAAAGGGCAAGGUACUACGUUCCGUUGAGAAAUUCGAUCCAAAGUCCGGCUCGUGGAGCGAAGUAAGGCCAAUGAACGUUGCUCGCAUGGCGAUGGGCUGCUUGAAGUACAGGGACUACAUUUGGGUCGCCGGCGGCAUGACGGGCGACAAGAAGAGGCCCGUCAGUAAAAUCGUGGAGUGCUACAAUUCAAGAACCAAUGAGUGGACAGAAAUACACAAUCUCCGUUUUCCUCGAUGUUUCACAACUCUGUUUUCAAUGAAUGACAAACUGUACAUUGUCGGCGGAGCAGGGAAAAUAUCCGAAAAGGAAAAAACACCGAGUAGCGUUGGAGCCAUCGAUGCUUGGGAUUGGAAGGAGCGAGCGUGGAAACUGGAGACGGAGAUGUCGAUGCCGCGUCACGGACACGCACUCGCCUACCUCGGUACUCAGCUUAUAAUCAUAGGAGGCGUCACUACAAUAUACAUGCGAGCACUGAAUAAUGUAGAAUCUUAUUGCUGCGAACGUGGCGCUUGGAUCCGUGGGGUGGCAGCCCUACCCUCGCCACUGUCCGGUCACGGGGCAGUUACAUUGCCACCUGCUUCGCUUAUGUGAAUACACUGCCUUUACAGGCAAAUAAAAACGAUACUACCAAAUAGCACGGAAAGCAGAACUUGAAAAAAAAAGAAUUACUUAAAAUUUUAUCCUAAUCUGCCGCUUUCAAAUCAAAUUGUAUAAUUCUCAUUUCAUUAACAGCAUUUCUAAAUCAAUUUUUGGUUUCUAAUUGCAAUGUAAAUAAUUAUGUUGAAAAGAUUUAGGAUGAAUGCAUUUUUAUUUGUUUUUAAAUUUUGAUACAAUCUUGUUUGAUAUAAUGUUGUAUGUGGAAAUCUUUAAUGUUUUUUUUUUCGUUAAUUUCAUUUGUGAAUUUUAGAUUAUGAAUUUUCAAAAUCCAAGUGCUUCAUUAGUUUCAAAAAACUAAUAUUUCAUGUAAAAUUUAUAAUUAAAUUGAAUAUUUUAGUUAGUUUUGACAUUCAGAUAAAUUUGUUGUAAUUAGGCAUCUUAUUUAAAAAAAAAACAUUUUAUAUUUAUUAUCUGUUAAUAAAACGAUAUGAAAUCAAA